AUGGAUGGAUCUUCCCUCACCGGUCUUGGCGGAUCCUCCGCCAACCCUGUCCCGACAGACCCAGGCCCAGGUGGGCACGAGCCUUUUGACUCUGAGCUUAAGAGCCAGCGCUGGCCAACGUCUGCCCAAGACCCUGCUCAAAGCCUGCCGCUCUUGGAGAGGCUGGAAGCCCAGAGCUUGAAAAUCACAAUGGAGAUGGAAGCCCCAGGGGAAAAGAGCAGCAAAACGCAAAGUCAGACAAGGAAAAUCUGGGAACAAAUCUGGGGCGCUCUGAGCUAUUUGACAGGAGAUAUGAAGGCAUUUGGAGACUGGCUGAAAGAUAAGCCACUGUUGUUCCAGUUCAUCGACUGGGUCCUGCGGGGAGUAUCUCAAGUGAUGUUUGUCAGCAACCCUCUCAGUGGGUUGAUCAUGAUCGCCGCAUUCCUUGUCCAGAGCCCCUGGAUGACCCUCACCGGAUGCUUAGGAGCUGUCGUCUCGACUUUAACAGCUCUUCUUCUGAGCCAGGAGAGAUCAGCCAUCGCGGCAGGACUCUACGGCUACAAUGGGGUCCUGGUGGGUAUGCUCAUGGCCGUCUUCUCAAACAAUGGCGAUUAUUACUGGUGGCUUUUACUUCCUGUGGUUCUCAUGUCCAUGACAUGCCCUCUUUUCACAAGCGCUUUAGGCUCCAUCUUUAGCAAGUGGGACUUGCCGGUUUUCACUCUCCCCUUCAACCUGGCCCUGACCCUCUUUGUAGGAGCUACGGGCCACUACAACCUCUUCUUCCCAGCGAAGCUCAUGCAACCCAUUACUUCGGUGCCCAGCAUCAAUUGGUCAGAGGUCCAGGUGCCUUUGAUUUUCCAGUCGAUCCCUGUAGGAGUCGGACAAGUGUAUGGCUGCGACAACCCUUGGGCUGGAGGCAUGAUUAUGGUGGCUUUGUGUAUCUCCUCCCCGCUCAUCUUCAUCCAUGCUGUGAUUGGUUCGGCGGUGGGAAUCCCUGCAGCACUUAGCGUGGCUUCCCCUUUCAACAAAAUCUACAACGGCUUAUGGAAUUACAACAGCUGCCUUUCGUGCAUUGCAAUAGGAGGCAUGUUCUACGCUCUCACUUGGCAGACGUUUCUCUUGGCAGUUGUUUCUGCUCUGUUUACUGCCUACGUGGGAGAAAUGCUGUCCAACAUGUUUUUGGUGUUUGGCCUGCCGUUGGGGACCUGGGCUUUCUGUCUGUCUUCUCUCACCUUCCUGCUUCUCACCACCAACAACGAUGGCAUCUACAAACUGCCUCUCUCCAAAGUCACCUACCCCGAAGCCAACCGGGCCUACUACUUGGCCGGAAAGGGAAAGCAACCGAAAUCCACUUGCAAAGUGUAA